UGUGGCAUCCUCCUCUACAAGUGCUUCAUCCAGGGCUGGCUGCAGGUGGAGGCUUUCCAAGCCCGGCUGGAUCACCUGCUCAUUGCCACCUACCCCAAAUCAGGCACAACAUGGCUGAGAGAUGUCCUGGACGUGAUCUACCAUGAUGGUGAUGUGCAGAAGUGCCAACGGGAUGCCAUCUUCGACAAGGUGCCUUUCCUGGAAAUGAACGGCCCUGAGAUGCCGAGUGGUGUCGAGGUGCUGGAGAAAACCCUGUCCCUGUGGUUGGUGAAGACUCAUCUCCCGGUUCAGCUCCUAACCUCCUUUGGGGACAAGGACUGCAAGGUUAUCUACAUGGCCUGCAACCCCAAGGAUGUCGACAUCUCCUACUACUACUUCUAUCGGAUGGCCAAGAUGCAUCCUGACCCCGGCACGAUGGGCGAGUUCCUGGAGACCUCCAUGGCUGGCAAAGUGGCCUACAGGUCCUGGUAUGAGCACGUGCAGGGCUGAUGGGAGAAGAAGCAGGAGAAGCAGCUCCUCUACCUCUUCUAUGAGGACAUGAAGAAGGACCCACAGCGGGAGGUGCAGAAGAUUCUGCGGUUCCUGGACAAGAAGGUGGUGGAGGGAACAGUGGCAUGGAUCCUUCAGCGCACCUCCUUCCAGGAGGUGAGGAAGAACACUGUCGCCAACUAUGAGAUCAUGCCCACUGACCUGAUGGACCACAACCUCUCUCCCUUCCUCUGGAAAGGGAUCUCUGGGGACUGGAAGAACCACGUCACCAUGGCCCAGAAUAAGCGCUUCAACCAGCACUACCAGGAGCACAUGGCAGGCUCCGACCUCCGCUUCCAGAUGGAGGCGCGAGGGGCUCAUCUCCCUUCCUGGGGGGAGCUCCACUUCUCCCCGCUCCCCCAGUGGGGAGGAAGCACGAUAUCGGCUGCGCUCGUACUUUGCAACCCCGCCGACUUUGGCCCCGUGUUUGAGUGCCUCCUGCUAGCGAGCCCCGUGCCCGUGCGAGGAGCUGGGGACGUCCGCGGGGGUGACCCCCGGAUCGGGACACCAGCCAAAAAACAAUCCCAGCUGGAGGCAGGUGCUGCCUCCCAGGAUGCCAACAAGCAGGGGAUGACAGUUUCCUUCCCAUGGCCGGAUGGUGGGACUCAGCAGGGCUUUUGGGGAUACCCAAGGGAUGAGGUGGCCCCAUGA